UCAACAGAAACAGAAAAAAUAAUACAAUGUUUAGGGGCGUAACUUUGACGUUGCUCAAGGAUUUGUUUGUGAAUCUUGCUGAGGUAUCGGCGUAAUGAGGUUCAGAGAUCGCAAGUGAAAAGAAACAGAAAACCCCAGCAAGGUCUUUGGCUGCGCGCCCGUUGUGAGACAUGAAGAAUAAAGAGAAUAAUGGAAAGUAAAUUCUGUGUUUUGAACGACACCGAAGACCUCCAAACGCUCAUUUCACAGACUGAACAGGGUCUCCAGUUCGAAAGGUCUAAGACAUUGUAUGAGGAGAUUCGUGCCUCAAUCAACAAUAAUGACGAAGAGGAUCAUUCCUUUUGGAGGCCCGUGCUUCCUUGGGGUGGAGUCUACACCAUCAGGGCAGGGCGGAAGGCAAUAUCCUGCACACCAUUGUACGUCAAGAUAAACCUAAAGAACACCUGUACAAUUGAUGGCUUCCUCAUGAUCCUGUAUGUGAUUCUGCGAGACAACCAAGACUUUCCCAGGGAGGUUGGUGUCUUUUUGGGUAAGCAGUUUGUGGACCAUUUCCUCUAUCUGAUGGACUCCUAUGACUACACCACAGUGAAAAUGCUGUGGAUCUGGGACAGGAUGUCCAAGAGGCAGUAUCGGUCAGCUGUCCACCAGGCAGCCCUAGAGAUUGACUUGUUUGGCAAUGAGCAUGAGAACUUCACCAAGAACCUGGAGAACCUCAUGUCUACCAUGCAGGAGAGCCUUUGCACCAACUGGAGCUGUCCUGCCCGCUUCCAGGAAUUCAUCAGGAGGACGAUCAGUAUCAAUCCUCCCCAUGAGCUGCCAGCCAGAGAUCCUAUUCAGUCUGCUGUUGAUGAGUUCUUUUGCCCCAGGAUUCUACUCUGCAAAGAAUUUGGAUGUGAUGGACUGAGGGAGUUCUCUCAGAGAAUCUUCUGCCAUGGACCUCCACCUUUUGUUAUUCUUAACAUGCAACAGUGGAAGUCAGAGGAGCUGUCCUAUGUUCCUUACCAUCUAGCUCUGUCCCAGCACAGGUACUCACUAGAGGGUGCCACACUCUUUAACAAGGAGGAGCAUCACUAUUCGGCAGCCUUCCAGAUAGACGGCUACUGGAUGCACUAUGAUGGCCUGAGAAGUGACAAUCUGAUUCUGUUACACAAACCACCUGAGCUCCUGUUGCUCUCCUCUCUGGUCUACAUCCGUGCCUCUGACAAGUGAGCUCAGUUAAAGUCAACCGUGUACACAAGAAGCGCUAAAGUGGAGAGAUGCGACUGCCCCAAUGGGCACAAGGGUAAAAACAUUUUACCACCCCCAUGUGGUGGUAAAAUGUUGUCACUCCCACUUUAGUGAUGGCAUUACACAACUGCAUCAUUUAACCAUAAAAUGUGUAAUUAUAUAUAUUCCUAAGUUAGAAUUUGACUGUGAUACCUUCCCAACAACUAUCACGCUUCAUGUUAGCUCUAGGAUUACUUGUAAAUUAAGCGUGCUUGAUUUGCCCAAAUCCUUUUGGAAAGCUUGAAAGAAAAGGAAAAAAAAACAACUUUUUUUUUUGGCCGUGCUUGGAAUCCAAGAAUUUAAUGGACUAUAAUAGUUCUGGGCUGAUAUGCACAAAUGCAGAUACCACUGAAGGAGACGCAUCAUACUCAUACACUUAGCAGCCUCAAUGGGGGAACACAUCAUACUCAUAUACACUUAGCAACCUCAAUGGGGGAAUAUGCAAAUCAGUUUUGACAGUUUGAUGGUUGUUGGAUUUACAAUGCUGCCAAGCAACCCUGCAUCAAAUGUGAUCAUGAAUCAAUGUUGAAAUAACUACCGAGGGAAUAUAAAUGUCCAACUACUGUUGUAGCAUGACUUUCAAAUGUACAGUAUGUGGGCCUGCCUGUCAGCAACACUCUUUCAAAUGUUUAUGCAUAUCAGCCCUUGCCAUGUAUUAAACUGGUGCUCUUUUUAUCUACACUGUGGUUUUAAAGGUAAACAAAACUAAACACUUUGUUUUUACAUCUGUCAUAUCUUGUAUAAUUCUUGAUUUUUAUGACCAUUGGAGAUAAAUAUUUCAGGCAGAACUUAAUUGAAUUUGUGAUUGAACUAAAUACUUAAAUUGUACAAAUAUUUUUCAACUUAGAAGGCCUCAUCUCAUUAAGUGACCGUGUAAAAGCUCGCUUGCUUUUUUAGGAUAGAGUCAACAUGUCCACUUUAUAUUGAUCCAAGAUAAACUCGGAUGUCCAUACUCUUAAUUGACACUACCACAUAACACAUAGUGCAGCCUCAAUUUUCUCAUGAAGUAUAUUGUUAUUUGAUGAUACGUUUUAACCUCAAUUAAUUAUCACAUAGUGCCUCUGUCAAUGGAAAAGUGUGGAACGUGUGAAACUGAAUGAAAUCCUAAGUAAAAAAAAAUUUUUUUUUAGAUCGUUUCCAGUUACUAUUUUUCUAUACACCCACUGUAAAGCUUGUUAAAACAAUACAAAUAUUUUUAUAUAUUGGCACUGAUUUGUUGUGUUGCAUUGACAUUGCAUGGGUGGGUAUAUCUUACAGCAAAUAAACAUCAAUUUC